UUUUACUGUUUUAGCUGUUAGCCGUGGCACUAUUCAGUUUUGACCAAUCAGACAGACUUGUUCAGCUUCACAGAUCCCAGAGAAGACCGUAGCAAACUCCAAAGUCCACUUCACCUUGGUCAUUAACUGUUAAACUGAAUGAGAUAGGUAGUUAACACCAACUGUUUCAUUUUGUGGUUGGUUCUGGGUUAAGCUGCAAGCAGGUCAAGAAGAAUCAGAAGCGUCUUCCCCCAGAGACUUGGAAGAGAUCAGUAGUAUUCAGCAUUUGGGAUGGAAGAGCAAGCUGUGUGUGAUGUUAGUGUUAGCAGUCCAGAGUUUGUGAUAAGCAACAUAGACCAAGGCGUGUCAUCUAAUGAAUCUGGGGCGCAAGACUUGGCGAGUUCUAUGAAAGUUUUGACAAAGGUGGACUUGGACUUGGCCUAUUCUGCUGAGAAGUUAGCAAAUCUGCAGGCACUUAUGAUGCGCUUAUUCUCUCAGGAAAAUGAUCUUGAAGCAAUGGCCACUGCAAAUAACUAUAUUUUGGCUGAUUUUCAUGAGAAAGUGUUGAUCUUUAAUCUCCUGUCUAGCAUUUUAGACUCCGAGGCCAGAGAGAUGGACAGUUUCAUGGAUACUCUCCAAGCAGAAAUUGUUGAUGCCCGUCAUACGAUAUUCUCUUGCAGUCAUUUAGGAGAACCGCAUACGGCAAUGGAAGAGAAGUUGUAUGAUUCUGAAGAGUCCUUAAAGCAGUGUCAGGAACAAGUCUCAGAGGUCAAGAUGCUGGCAGCUAAGUUUCGGAGGACUGCUAUAGCUUUCGCACAUGGCAAUUGGAAAGCUGACAUUGACAUGGAUUCAUCCGAAGAUGGUCAACUGUCAAAUAGUUAUGCAAAGUACAACAUGCAGAUGCCUAGACAACAAAGAAAUAAUCUACGGAUGCUUGAAAAAUCACUUUCACGGGAGAUAGAUCUUGAGAAGAAAUUAACUCAAUCAAGACAAACUGAGGUACAACUUCAGUUAAAGCUACAUUAUACAGAACAGGUAGCGGUUCGCAUGGAAGAAGCAGCAGAAGGUAUUUGGGGAAGAUUUUUAGAGGCAGAGAAUGCUGCUGAGGUGCUCCAGGGGAUUUCAAAGGAUUUAUUAGGGAGAUUGCAGCUUCUGAAUUUCAAUGUGAACGGUUCAAUUCACCGUGAAAGCGAAUUAAAAUCCAAACUUCAAGAUUGUUUAUUUGAGCUUCAAGCAAAAGAUGCUGCUUUACAGAAGCUCGAGCAUAUCAGUGCGGAAAACAUUACAAAAGAUGCUGAAAUAUUAACUUUGAAAGAAAAGGUGUUGUUUCAUGAGAAACAGCUGAAAGAAUCUGAGCUCCAGCUGAAGAAUGCAAAUGCAACCAAUGAAUCAAGCCUAGAGAAACUUAGGGAACAGGAGACUUUGAUUGAGUCUAUGAAAGAAAGUAUAUACAGGGAAGAAGUUAAAGCGGAAAGUGCACUACUUAAGGUUGCAGAAUUAACCGGGACAAAUGUGGAACUCACAGAAGAAAUGAGUUUUCUCAAAGGAAGUGUUAGUAACGCGGAAAAGAAAGUUGGGAUUCUGGAGAAGCAGUUAAGGGACGUGGAGAUCCAAUUACAGAAUGCAAAGGCAUCUUCUGAAGCAAGUCAAGAGCAGCAGAAUAUGCUAUAUGCUGCAAUUUGGGAUAUGGAAACUUUGAUUGAAGAUCUAAAGUCAAAGGUUUCUAAAGCUGAAAAUAAGACGGAAGCUUCUGAGGAACAAUGCAUAAUGUUAUCUGAAAGUAACAUAGAGCUAAAUGCAGAAAUAAUUGAUCUAAGGGCUAGGGUCGAGUAUUUGCAAUCGUCUUUGGAUCGAUCUGACAAUGCAAAACUUGAAAGUGCAAAAGAAGUCAAUACCAGAAUCAAGUUCAUUAUGGAUAUGGCAAUGCAACUAGCCAUAGAAAGAGAGCGCAUUCAAAAGCAGUUACAUGUCUUAGCUAUGGAGAAACAACUUCUAGUAGAAAAGUUAUGGGAUGCCAAAAACAUUGCUCCAGUAACUGGUUGCAACAAUGAAGACAGUGACAACAAAGAGCUUCCAUUUUUGAAGAAAGAUGUCUCCAAUGCUACUUCGAUCCAAACAUCAGCAGAAGUAGUGACAGAGUCCCUAGAUAAAAGUUCCCAGGUGGGUGAACAGUCACAACAGGAACCUGAGUGUGUUACUGAAGGGACUUCCAGGUCUAUAGAUGAUGAUGCUGGCAUUGGUUCAGAAGUUGACACCACUGGAGAAGCCAGGCGUUGCUUGAACCUAAACUGUGUUUUCAAAGUAAUUUUAGGCUCACUACUUUUAGUCUCAGCCCUAUACUUUCUUGACCAAAAACCAUUUAUCCUUGACGAGCUAUGAUGGAUUAUGUUUGUGUAUGCAUUGGUAAUUCUUUUAUGAAGCACUCUUGAAGCUAGGGUAUCUCCUUAGUUACUAGGUUUCUGGUCCUGCAGGUUGAAAUGUCAUAUAAGCUAGAAGAGUACAUAGGCAGUGGUGUUUUCAUUGUUGUAUAUAUGAGAUGAUUUUGCCUUGCUAUUGUGGAAAAGAGACAACUUUUAUCUUGUGAAAACUUCAUGUAUAUAA